GUCUCGCGAUAGAAGCAGGUCGAGGGCUGCUCCUGCUUCCGCCGUUAACACCGGAGAGUCCGCAUCCCUCACGGUGGGAGGGGGUGGCCUUGUCGCUCAGCUGAGGUCCCCGCAGGAGAGGCUGGGAGUUGAGGGGUCCGGUUCACAGAAAACGAGGUUUCAGUCACUGGCUGCGGUAUUGGGAGUAAGGCAUCAUGUUUGAUCAGCGAUUGAGCAUCUCUAGCGGUCCGUAAUUUUCGGUCUUUGGUUAGUAAUUAAGCGGGCCUGCCCCAAAUCACGAUUGCCGCCCGGUAUAGGUUGGUAUUUAGUGAUGCUGCUGGUAGUAGUGGACUCUGAGGAGGGUCAGCGACUGAUUGGGAAUUUGUGGGACUAGUGACGGAGGGUGUCUUUGUGAUUCUGAGUCCCUCGGGUUGGGGUUACAUAGAAAUCAAUGGUUGGGCCCUGAAGACAGAUAUCCGUCUUUAGGGUUAUGUUAGGUCAAUGUGUGGGGGGCUGUAUUGGGCAGCUGUUAGGAGCUUGUGUGAUAGCUUAGGGAGCAGGUGGUUUGUGACUAGUGAUUGGGGCUCCAGCCCUGAAUUGUAACGGUUUGCAUUCAGGCUGCAUUCCACACGCAUAUUGUGCUGGGUUUUCUUGCAUGGGUUUAUGCUUGUAAGGAUGUGAGGGUCAGGGAGAGUUCCCAUCCUUCCCCCAAAGGUUUUGUUUCCACUCUUGGAUCUAUCUGGUCAAUAGACUUGAGGCAGUUUAUAUUCUCUGCUACUGUCUGGUAGCUAGCUAAGUACUUCAAGCCAAAGUCUCUCAAAAACCCUAUCUCAAAGCUCCUUUGCUUUCUCCCUAUCUUCUUUCAAUGCAUGUGCUCUCUCUGGACAGUUUCAACCACACUCAUUGCAUCACCUUCCACCUUGAAAGCCAUGACUUGCCAAUCUAUAGCACCAGCCUAGACAUUUCUAGUAAGCUCCAGAUUCACAGUAGCCAGCUGUCUCCUACACAUCUCUGUGGGGUUCACUCACAGAACCUCAAUCUUAACAUGAUAGAAAUAGAAUAUAUCUUCUUAGUUCUCCAUACUUCACCUGCUCAUCCUACUAUGUUCAUCAUCAUGAAGAGUCACCCUUACUUCAGAUGGCCAUAGUAAAAAUUCUAUAGACAUCUAGUUUUCUCCCCAGCCUUCUUCUCCCCAUGUCCAAUCAAUCUUCUGAUCAUGGUGAUUUAGCCUCCCUGACAUCUCUCCAGUUUGUCCUCCCCAUUCCCACUGCUGUGGUCCUAGUUCAGACUGCAUCUUCCCUUGCCCUAAAUUUGUAUCAGGAAGCCCUUGUAGCAGAGUGUUGCAAACUAAGGGAAAGUCAGAGGAAGGAAUAGCUGAUUCUAUCCAGGAAAGGCUUUCUAGAGGAGGUGACAUUUGAACUGAGCCUAUACAUUUGAAGUGGUCCUAUAAGUCUAUUGAUGACAGUGACUGUUACAGUUGAUUAAAUGUAUCAAGCUAGUGAAUUGUGCCCUUUAGGACUUCAUUGAUAAGAGUUUGGGUUAAGAGGUCAGUAGGACAAUAGCUGCUAAAAAUAACAAUCUUCUUUUUUUAAUUUAAAAAGUAGCCGUUUAUUUUAGAAAAACUGGAAAAUGAAAAUGCUAAAUACAAGUCAAUAGAAAUCACUUUUAAUCCUACCACCAAAGAUAUCUGUGCCUUCUGAAGAGCAACAGAAAAUGACCAAGUCUCAGGUUGAGACCCUCAAAGUGUAUAUCAAAUUGAACAGGAACGUCCUGUACAGAGAUUUGUGUCAUUCAAGGAUGUGACUGUGGACUUCACUUGGGAGGAGUGGCAGCAGCUGGAUUCUGCUCAAAGAAACCUGUACAGGGAUGUGAUGCUGGAGAACUAUAGCAACCUUGUCUCAGUGGGGUAUCAGUAUCUGAAGUCAGAUGUAGUCUUAUUGAAGCAAGGAGAACCAUGGAUGGAGGGGGGAGAAAUCUCAAAUUGGGCCUAUCCAGACUUUGAAACUGGGAUGAAAGAAUUAACAACACAGAAGAGCAUUUCUGAAGAAGUGGUACUCCAUAACAUGAUUGUAUACUCAACCUUUGGAGACUGGAAACUUGAAGAUGAGAUAAAUCACCAGGAAAACCAGGACAAUUUUUUGAACCAAGUUGCAUUCAUUAACAAUAAGCCCCUGACUGAGGAGAUACAUUGUGAAUGUAACAGUGCACUGGGGAAAGGAAUUCAUCUGAACAGAACAUCUAGUGAACACAACAGAGCCUUCAUGCAAAAGCCACACCUUUUUGCACAGCCGAAAAUUCUAACCAGUGAGAAAUUAUAUAAAUGUGUUCAGUGUGGGAAAGCCUUCAGUGGAAAGUCGGGACUUAUUGUACAUCAGAGAAUUCAUACUGGAGAGAAACCAUACAAAUGUAAUGAAUGUGAAAAAGCCUUUAUUCAGAAGUCACAACUCACUGUACAUCAGAGAACUCAUACAGGAGAGAAACCCUAUGAAUGUAAUGAAUGUGGGAAAGCAUUCAUCCAGAAGUCAAACCUCAUUAUUCAUCAUAGGAUUCACACAGGGGAAAAACCAUAUGAAUGCAAUGAAUGUGGGAAAGCUUUCAUCAAGAAAUCAACACUUAGUGUUCAUCAAAGAGCUCAUACUGGGGAGAAACCAUAUGAAUGUAGUGACUGUGGGAAAGCCUUCAUCUGGCAGUCACAGCUCACUGUACAUCAGAGAAUUCAUACUGGGGAGAAACCCCAUGGAUGUAAUGAAUGUGGAAAAGCCUUCAACAGGAAGUCAGAACUAAGUGUACAUCACAGAAUUCACACUGGGGAGAAACCCUUUGAGUGUAAUGAAUGUAAAAAAGCCUUCAUUCAAAAGUCAGAUCUCAUUGUACAUCAGAGAACUCACACUGGGGACAAAAGGUAUCAAUGCAAUGAUUGUGGGAAAGCCUUCAUCCGGAGCUCACAGUUCAUUGAACAUCAGAGAAUUCAUACUGGGGAGAAACCCUAUGAAUGCAGUGAAUGCAGAAAAGCUUUUAUCCAGAAAUCACAACUCAUUGUGCAUCAAAGAAUCCAUACUGGAAUGAAGCCAUAUGAAUGCAUUGAGUGUGGAAAAGCCUUUAGUAAGAAGUCGCACCUCACUGUGCAUCAUAGAAUACAUACUGGAGAAAAACCCUAUGAAUGUAGUAAUUGUAGAAAAGCUUUCAGCAAGAAAUCUACUCUCAUUGUUCAUCAGAGAAUUCAUAUUGAACACAAAUCCUUUUAAUGGAAUGAGAAAACUUUGAUUCAGCGAUCAAAGUUUCAUCACACAUCAUAGAAUUCAUUAAGCCUAAAAAUUCUAUGAAUGUACUAAACUUGAGAAGCCUUCAACAAUAGCUCCCAAACUAUUAAGCACCAAAAAUAAAUACCAAGAAGCAACUUUGAGAAAUCAUGUUUCCAAAAAAAAUUACAUUGGACAUCUUGGUUCAGGCCUAAUACUAAAAGUUUUUUUUAAGUAUGAUAGAAAAAUCUCAACCACAUGUGAUUGACUUGUUCACUGUGUAGUACAAAUUUUUUAAUUUUUUUUUCAACGUUUAUUUAUUUUUGGGACAGAGAGAGACAGAGCAUGAACGGGGGAGGGGCAGAGAGAGAGGGAGACACAGAAUCGGAAACAGGCUCCAGGCUCUGAGC